UUUACUUAUGGUUUCUUAUCAAAUCUCAAUAUCCAAGAUGAGAAUCAAUAUAAAUAAUCCUUACUUCAGCUGAACCCCUUGAUUAUACAACAGUAAUUUCCGGCGCAUUAGGUAUAUUCAUGAACUGACUUACAUACAAGAAUACCUACAUGUAAACUCCCCUGACUAGUCGCUGCGGGGCUUAACUGGCUCCGCUAUUCUGACGUUGAGCUGCUGAGCUGCUGAGCUGCUGGUACAUUACGAUUUAUGAAAUACAAUGUAAAUACAUAAUUCGAAUAGUUACAUCACAUUGUCGAGAAGGGCAUAUCGAACAUAUACCUACCUAACCUAGGUAACUAUACACAUAUAAAAGUCUGUUCGCAGUGAUAUAUAUUCCGCCCGCAAAAUGGCAACCAAUACAAGCAACAAUGCACAACAAAUCCCACUCAUCACGGUCCUGGGCUCGCUCAACAUGGACCUAGUCUCCUACGUCCCGCACCACCCCCUUCCCGGCGAGACCCUAACGUCAACCCGCUUCGCCGUAUCCCCCGGCGGCAAAGGCGCCAACCAAGCCGUAGCCUGCGCCAAGCUCUCCCGGUCCUCGUCCCACUCCCCCGCCGCCGCCGACGACCCGACCGCCACCGCCCGCGUCCGCAUGCUCGGCGCCGUCGGCAAGGAUACGUACGGCACCCAGCUCCUCUCGAACCUCACGCGGCACGGCGUCGACGUCUCCGGCGUCACCGCCUCCCCAUCUCUCAAGUCCGGCCUGGCCAUCAUCAUCGUCGACGAGCCCACCGGCCAGAACCGCAUCGUCCUGAGUCCCGAGGCCAACCACAGUUUAACUCCCUCGCAGUUCUCCCACCCCGACUCCCUCGGCCCCCCGCUCCCGGACUUGCUAAUCAUGCAGCUUGAGAUCCCGCUUGCGACGGUCGUCGCCGCGCUGCACGCCGCGAGGAACGCCAACGUGCCGGUCCUGCUGAACCCCGCGCCGGCGCAGGAGUUGCCGUCGGAAGCGUACGCGGGGCUCGCGCAUCUCGUUGUUAACGAGACCGAAGCCUCGAUUUUAGGCGGCGUGCCUGAGUCCGACCUCGACACCGAGGCGGGGCUCGAGGCCGUCGGACGGACGUUCCUAUCGCGCGGCGUGCUGAACGUCGUCGUGACGCUCGGUGGGCGGGGUGUGUUUUACAUGAGUGCUGACGGUCAGAAGGGACUCGUACCCGCCGAGAAGGCCAAAGUCGUAGAUACUACUGCGGCUGGGGAUACGUUUGUGGGGCGGUAUGCGCUCGAAGUGGUGGCCGGGAGCUUCAGUAUAGCCGACGCGGUGAAGAAGUCGAAUCGCGCGGCUGCGAAGACGGUGGAAAGACUGGGAGCGCAGGACUCGAUACCUUGGCGUGACGAGUUAUGAAAAGACUUGUUAGACGAUAUAUUCAAUGAUUACUCAAGAGAGAUGAAACCAAGUAGGAAGCAGUCACUUCGAAUUCUACAGAGCAUGAAGCCCUGUCU